AUGGCGGAAGGCCAGCUUCCCGUCGGAGACGAUACACUUGACGAGCUGGGGGAUGAGUUCCUCGACGAUCUCCCCGACGGAGCUCUGCCCGAUCCCCGCGAAAACGCUGCGCCGUCAGCUCCUGUCAGUGCUCAGCCGCUUCCUUCGGGAGAACCUGCGGCGAAGAAGCUAUGCAGUGAGGGGCAAUCCUCGGCUGCUGGUACCUCAGGCACUGCCUCCGCGCUCCCUUCGGCCCCUCCUCCGGUUCCCCGCGCGAGCUCCUCCGGCAGCUCUGCUGCCACGGCCUCUGCGUCUGGUCGUACACCUGCUCCCUCUGCGCCUCGCCCGGCGCUUGCUACUCGCUCUCGGCCCGUACAGCCGGAACCUGAAACAGACCAUGCUGCUGCUGGCGCGAUCACUGGCCUUGCUCCCCACGCUCGCUAUCGGAACCUGCGUCGACAUCGCACGUCGGUCGGCGCGGUUCUGCAUGCUCUGACGCGCAACACGCAGUCAAUGGUGGACGUGAUUUUCCCCGAGGCUUCUUCGGAGGAGGUUCGUGCCGCGGUGCUUACGCGUAUCUCAGCCCUCAUCAACGGUCAGGCUUUUAACGGUGUCAUCCCCUCGUUUGAAUCUGCGGCUGGUGAGGCCUUGCGGCUUCCCCGCCAUACGUAUUCCAGGCAUACCUUCUCUUGGCCCUCUGCUAAUGACGCUAUAAUCUUUCGCAGCCUCUUCCCGGUCACGGUUUGUCUGGCUAACAACCGUGCGAUGGAAGUCAAGGUUUUCUCUGAUCCCAAUCAGGAGUUCACGACGGCUCGUGCCAGGGGCGACACCCACGUGGUCCUCCGCAAUGUUCCGCUGGGGUACUCUCCUGAGCGCAUGCGCAGCACGCUUCUUGCGGGAACGACCGAGGCAGGAUUGCCUUGGCUCUUUGACCUUCGCCUGUUUCACCGUCUCAAGGAUCCUUACGACGACUCGGCGUACUCUCAGCUGCUCGGUCUUCCCGUGGCAGCAGAUGGUGAUGCAGGCUUCGACCGUAUCCCUGCGGUCCUUUGGCUUCCGGGCCAGGAGGACCCUGUGCUUCUCAACAUCUCAUCCCACUCCUGCUCCGUAUGCUCCAGCAAUCACCGCGUGAACGAUCACGCGUGCUUCGCUCUCACCCGCCGUGCGCGCCUCCCGAACCGCCACACCAUCUCGGUGGCCCAGCUGCAAUCUGUCAACGGUCGGCUGAUUGGCCAGCAGCCCGCCCCCGCAGCUUUCAAGAAGGACCCAGGCCUUCUCCUGAUUGGGAUCGACCUGGACGUCGAAGUCUGGACGUGCUCCUUGUGCGAGUUCGAGUGUGGCUUGGCCUUGGACAGUGCCAUGCACCACCUCGCCUCCGAUGCUCACCGCAAGCACCUGCAGGACUCGGCUCACCUGCCGGCUGUCAAAGAGAAAUAUGGGGCCUGGAGGGACGAGGAUUCUGCUCCCUCUGCCUCCCGCUUAGACCGCAUCCACAUCUCUAAGGCUCUGGCGGCCCGUCUCCUUGACGCAGCUUAUUACUCAGUUUCCAAGGAUGUGUCGGACCACAAUCUUGCCCCUUCCUGCUCCUUCCAAUGCGACAGUCCUAACAUAGCCCCACGGCCAUGGCGCAUCCCUCUGGCCAUUCUUAAACGUCCGCAGUUGGAGCUCACUGUUAGAUCGGCGUGCCGCUCUCUCCCUACGACUCUCUCCGCGGCAGAUUGGGACCCUUGGAAGCUGGCCCUGUGCAAUCAAAUCAAAUCCUUCGCUGGGCAAGAAAAGAUCCGAGUCCGAAAGACCAUCUCGCACUUGCAGACUCUCACUUCCCAACUUCGGAUUCACCUUGCCGUUAACCCUACCGACUUAGUAGCCAAGGAACGUCUUCGCAUCGCCUCGCUACAGUUUGAACGAUACGAAGCUAGCCGGUCUGCCGAGUUAGCGCUGAAAGCGAAGCUCAAAGUAGAGGGCCCAAGAGAGAUGGGCGUCUCCUCCCUGCUUGUCGGAGUAAACAACAGGAUCAAGGCAUCUUUAAUAGCCUCGCUACAAUCCCCCUCAGGCUCGGCUAUCACCGACCUGCCCGGUAUGUCCGCUUUGUGCACGUCCUUUUUCCAGCAGCUGUAUGGCGGCUCUCAGAAGGUGACCCCCGAUCCCUCCUUUUGGUCCCUUGUCCCUCCCUCCCAGCUUUCCCCUGAGGCUCUCUCCCGCCUCUCGCUCCCUUUCUCUCCCACGGAAAUUUCCAAGGCCAUCGCCUCGCUCCCGAAAGGAAAAACCCCGGGGCCGGAUGGUCUUUCAGGAGAGCUGUUCCGAACCUUCCGAACUCUCUUCACUCCCGCUCUGCACUCUCUGUUUCUUGGAACUCAGGACUCUCUCCCCCAGUCUAUGCUACAGGGCCGGACAGUUCUCAUUCCAAAAAAAAGUGACGCCACAUUGGUCGACAACCUACGCCCCAUCACACUUAUGAACACCGAUUAUAAGGUACUGGCGAUUUGCCUGGCUAAUCGCCUUCAACCUCUUUUGCCUUCCCUCAUCAACCACUCACAGACCGCCUUCAUCAAGACUCGUAGGAUUGGGGACACACUUAAUGACACCUUGGACAUCUUCGACUGGGCCACGGCACAGUCAUUACCCCUUCUUGCACUCACUGUCGACAUCCGGAAGGCGUAUGACAUGGUCGACAGAGAUUUCCUCUUCACCUGCCUCUCCCACCUCGGCCUUCCUGCCACCUUCAUCCACUGGGUCAAAUUGAUGCAUUCAGGCACCACUACCCGAAUUUCCGUGAAUAACUUCUGCGGUCCUUCUAUACCUGUCAUCACCGGUGUCAGGCAAGGAUGCCCGCUGGCUCCGUUGCUUUUUCUCUGCGUAACAGAAAUUUUCCACCGCUCUACUUCCUGCUUCUUGCCUGGCUUCCCUAUUUCCCGCACCCAACGCCGACUGAUGGCAUGUUAUGCGGAUGACGUCACCAUCUUCCUCAACUCGGACGAUGAGCUUCGUGUAGCCUCUCACGCCUUGCUCUCCUUUGCCUCAAUCUCAGGCGAGCAUCUCAAUUGGGCUAAGUGCUCUGUCAUUCCCUUCAACUUCUCCCCUUCCGCUAUCACCCGCGCAGGCGAUAUCCCCAUUCGAUCACACUCAGAUUUCGAACGGAUCCUCGGUGAUUGGGUCCUCCUAGCGGAGGACAUGUUCUCCCCGCCCCGGAAGGCGUUUCAGGUCGAGGACAGCCCUUUUGACGAUUGGGUCUACGCUAACGUGUUCGAGGUUGACAAGACAGGUCGCAUGGGAAAGGAAGCUGUGGCGCGUCAGCAGCUCUCGACUUUCAACACGGUGCCGAUACACGUCUUCGAUAGGUGGCUGGGGGGUUCCUUUUGCUCUGGAGCUGGACUGGCGGCCCGUCUCCCUCUCCUAGCCGAUGCGGCAUCGGCUGGCCAAGGCGCCCCGUGGAGUCUACUCGUGGGUGCAGCGGCGAAAUCAAUUUGGAACGCGCGAUGCAGCUUCCGCUAUAGACAAGCGGUCACCAAAACAGGGGAUGCCUUAUUUCAAGUGCUACACUACUUCCUCCUUGCCUAUAAGAUUCUCAUUUGGAAACUCUCCAGCGGCUCUAAGAAGAAGAAACUCAAGGCUGCCAGAGUUGCCAAGCUGGCUCACUCUCAUCGCUUCCUCCUGUUCCCGGAACCUGACAAACCAAUCAUCCAUCCCGAGCUCCGCGACACCUGGCUGCUCAACGACGUUUUCCACCCUCCUUGA